AUGGCGGCGGCGGCGGCGGCGGCAGUGUUGAGGGCGCGGAGCCGCGGGAUGGGGAGGGAAAAGGAGAAUCUGUGAGGCGUCGAGAGGCAGCGCGGCGGCUGCUGUGAGGAGUCGGGUGCGGAGACGCCGGUGGCCGGACCGCUCAGGGCCGGGGCCUCGACUGGGAAGGAGAGGCCGGAACAAGCGCCUGGAGCCCGAGGCCGGAGCCGAGGAGGAAUGUGACCACGGGUCGGCGGGUGCGCGGGAGUACGCAAGUGCAGGGAUGGGGCAGCAGGUGGGCCGCGUCGGGGAGGCUCCGGGGCUUCAGCAGUUGCAACCCCGCGGGAUCCGGGGCAGCAGCGCAGCCAGGCCCUCCAGCCGCAGGCGGGACCUGGCGGGGCGCACCGCAGAGGCCGGCUUCAAUAUCUUCACCCAGCACGAUCACUUUGCCAGCUGUGUGGAGGAUGGAUUUGAGGGAGACAAGACUGGAGGCAGUUGUCCAGAAGCCUUGCACCGUCCCUAUGGUUGUGAUGUUGAACCCCAGGCCCUGAAUGAAGCCAUCAGGUGGAGCUCCAAGGAGAACUUGCUUGGAGCCACUGAGAGUGACCCUAAUCUCUUUGUUGCACUUUAUGAUUUCGUAGCAAGUGGUGAUAACACACUGAGUAUUACUAAAGGUGAAAAGCUACGAGUCCUUGGUUACAACCAGAAUGGUGAGUGGAGUGAAGUUCGCUCUAAGAAUGGCCAAGGCUGGGUGCCAAGCAACUACAUCACCCCAGUGAACAGCCUGGAGAAACACUCCUGGUACCAUGGACCUGUGUCUCGCAGUGCAGCAGAGUACCUACUCAGCAGUCUAAUCAAUGGCAGCUUCCUGGUGCGAGAAAGUGAGAGCAGCCCUGGGCAGCUGUCAAUCUCGCUUAGGUAUGAGGGGCGUGUGUAUCACUACAGGAUCAAUACCACCACAGAUGGCAAGGUGUAUGUAACUGCUGAGAGCCGCUUUAGCACCUUGGCCGAGCUUGUUCACCAUCACUCCACAGUGGCUGAUGGACUGGUAACAACACUACACUACCCAGCACCCAAGUGUAAUAAGCCUACAGUCUACGGUGUGUCCCCUAUCCAUGACAAAUGGGAAAUGGAACGAACAGAUAUUACCAUGAAGCACAAACUUGGGGGUGGUCAGUAUGGAGAGGUUUACGUUGGCGUCUGGAAGAAAUACAGCCUUACGGUUGCUGUGAAAACAUUGAAGGAAGAUACUAUGGAGGUGGAGGAAUUCCUAAAAGAAGCUGCAGUGAUGAAGGAAAUCAAGCAUCCUAAUCUGGUACAACUAUUAGGUGUAUGUACUUUGGAGCCACCAUUUUACAUUGUGACUGAAUACAUGCCUUAUGGGAACUUGCUUGAUUAUCUCCGAGAAUGCAACCGAGAAGAGGUGACUGCAGUUGUACUGCUUUACAUGGCCACUCAGAUCUCUUCUGCAAUGGAGUAUUUAGAGAAGAAGAAUUUCAUCCAUAGAGAUCUUGCAGCUCGUAACUGCCUGGUGGGAGAAAACCAUGUGGUAAAAGUGGCUGACUUUGGCUUGAGUAGAUUGAUGACUGGAGACACCUAUACUGCUCAUGCUGGAGCCAAAUUUCCUAUUAAAUGGACAGCACCAGAGAGUCUUGCCUACAAUACCUUCUCAAUUAAAUCUGACGUCUGGGCUUUUGGGGUGCUCUUGUGGGAAAUUGCUACAUAUGGAAUGUCACCAUAUCCAGGUAUUGACCUGUCUCAGGUCUAUGAUCUACUGGAAAAAGGAUAUCGAAUGGAACAGCCUGAAGGAUGUCCCCCUAAGGUGUAUGAACUUAUGAGAGCAUGCUGGAAGUGGAGCCCUGCCGACAGGCCCUCUUUUGCUGAAACACAUCAAGCUUUUGAAACCAUGUUCCAUGACUCCAGCAUUUCUGAAGAGGUAGCCGAGGAGCUUGGGAGAGCUGCCUCCUCCUCAUCUGUUGUUCCAUAUCUGCCCCGAUUACCUAUACUUCCUUCUAAGACCCGGACGCUGAAGAAACAGGGAGAGAACAAGGAGAAUAUUGAAGGGCCACAAGAUGCCACAGAAAAUUCUGCUUCCAGUUCAGCACCAGGGUUCAUUAGAAGUGCACAGGCCCCCAGUGGGUCCCCAGCACUGCCUCGAAAGCAAAGAGACAAGUCCCCCAGCAGCCUCUUGGAAGACGCUAAAGAGACAUGCUUCACCAGAGAUAGGAAGGGAGGCUUCUUCAGUUCCUUCAUGAAAAAGAGAAAUGCUCCCACACCCCCCAAACGCAGCAGCUCCUUCCGAGAAAUGGAGAAUCAGCCCCACAAGAAAUAUGAACUCACGGGUAACUUCUCAUCUGUUGCUUCUCUACAGCAUGCUGAUGGGUUCUCUUUUACUCCUGCCCAGCAAGAGGCGAAUCUGGUGCCACCCAAGUGCUAUGGGGGUAGCUUUGCACAGAGGAACCUCUGUAAUGACGACAGUGGCGGGGGUGGGGGCAGUGGCGCUGCUGGGGGUGGGUGGUCUGGCAUCACAGGCUUCUUCACACCACGCUUAAUCAAAAAGACACUGGGCUUACGAGCAGGUAAACCCACAGCCAGUGAUGACACUUCCAAGCCUUUUCCAAGGUCAAACUCUACAUCUUCCAUGUCCUCAGGGCUUCCAGAGCAGGAUAGGAUGGCAAUGACCCUUCCCAGGAACUGCCAGAGGUCCAAACUCCAGCUGGAAAGGACGGUGUCCACCUCUUCUCAGCCAGAAGAGAAUGUGGAUAGGGCCAAUGACAUGCUUCCCAAAAAAUCAGAGGAAGGUGCCGCUCCAACCAGGGAGAGACCAAAAGCCAAACUUUUGCCCAGAGGAGCCACCGCUCUUCCUCUCAGAACCCCCUCUGGGGAUCCAGCCAUUACAGAGAAGGACUCUCCAGGGCUGGGGGUGGCUGGAGUGGCAGCUGCCCCCAAGAGCAGGGAGAGGAAUGGUGGGGCACGACUUGGCAUGGCUGGAGUCCCAGAGGAUGGCGAGCAGACAGGCUGGGCUGCCCCCGCCAAGGCUGCGGCGGUCCUCCCAACCACUCACAACCACAAAGUGCCAGUCCUUAUCUCACCCACUCUGAAGCACACUCCAGCUGACGUGCAGCUCAUUGGCACAGACUCUCAGGGGAAUAAGUUCAAGCUCUUAUCUGAGCAUCAAGUCACUUCCUCCGGAGACAAGGACCGACCCCGCCGGGUAAAACCAAAGUGUGCCCCACCCCCGCCGCCAGGGGUGAGACUCCUGCAGCAUCCGGCCGUGUGCUCAGACUCCACGGAAGAGCCCACGUCAGAAACACAGGAGGGAGGGAAGAAGGCGGCUCCAGGGGCAGUGCCCAUCAGUGGGAAAGCUGGGAGGCCUGUAAUGCCUCCACCUCAAGUGCCUCUGCCCACAUCUUCCAUCUCGCCAGUGAAAAUGGCCAAUGGCACAGCAGGUACUAAAGUGGCUCUGAGAAAAACCAGACAGGUGGCUGAGAAAAUCUCAGCUGACAAAAUCAGUAAGGAGGCCCUGCUGGAAUGUGCUGACCUACUGUCCAGUGCAAUCACGGAACCUGUGCCCAACAGCCAGCUGGUGGACACUGGACACCAGUUGCUCGACUACUGCUCAGGCUAUGUGGACUGCAUCCCCCAAACUCGCAACAAAUUUGCCUUCCGCGAGGCUGUGAGCAAACUGGAACUCAGCCUGCAGGAGCUGCAGGUGUCUUCUGCAGCUGCUGGUGUGCCCGGGGCAAACCCUGUCCUUCACAACUUACUGUCAUGUGUACAGGAAAUCAGUGAUGUGGUGCAGAGGUAGCCACCGUUAGCCGGGUGGGAAGAUGCACACAUUUCUGAGGGGAGAGGAAAAGGGACUUGCUUUCCUGUGUUCUCGUUUCAAAAAGUGGAAGACUGAUACUUGAGUGUGUUUCUGUGAAGUACCUCAGAUCUCUGAGUUCUCACGUUUACAGGUUCAUCUCAAAAAUAACAAAAAGCAAAACCUAUAGGAGAGGGAAAAUAGAUGGGGGCAGGGCAGUUGUGGACCGGAUUGGAAGCUGCACUGGGACAUCAGGGAACAUGCAUAUGUCGUGCCAUGAAGAACCAAAUCCAGCCCGUUCUUACCUGGAGUGACGUGAGCUGGUUAGGGCUGCUCCAGCAGGGCCGCAGGGACCGUGCCCAGACAGUGCGUUGGCUGUGGCACUCAUUCUGCACCACACGGAAGGGAAUUGACUUGGGGCCCUAGUAGGUACGAAUGGUGAUUAUGCUCCAACUCAUCUAACUGAUUGGGUGGGACAGAAGAAAGCUGGGAAUGUGCCAAGAGAAGUUUUGUUCAAGGCUGUUGGGAGCUGCUGUUAGCCUCGCUUCCACAGGUCACUGCUGCAGUAAGAACUGCAGAUCAGAUGGCUAGAUGCAAAACUGGGAAAUGUGGCUCCGUCAGUAUGCUCCUGUCCUGUUUUCUAUUGGUGUAUUAAUUGGUACAGGAGGUAAAGAAUGCUAGGAAGUAUAUUUAGGGAGAUUGAAACCUUCUCCCAAAAUCUUACAUUACUUAGCAGAAGCCACUUCUCCCAGGCUAGUAUAUUGUUUCCAAAUGGAUCAGGAUCGGCUUUCUGCUUGUUGGUGCCUAUCUUGUAAACCAUAGGCAUAGGAGUCUCUUUGGUGAUUCUUUUUCUGCCCCUUGCUGGGCAGGCUGUCUUCCUUUAUUCCUGGCAGCAUUCAGGGCAUUAACCAACACUGAACAUUAUUGAAAACAAUGGUCAUGUACAGGUCUCACAGGGGAAUCCUUUUCUGUUACAGUGCCCCUGCAUACUGACAUACUGGCAAAGGACUUGAACAGCUAUAUGUUUCUUUAUCAACUAAAAUGCCAGGGAAAGGGUGUCUUCUUGAAACCCAGUGGUCAGCCCAGAGGUCUGUGACUGAGAGGAGAAGCUGGCUUGGUCCUAAUGGCUGUUUCCCCUCCCUCCCUUAUCACCUUAGACCCAGUCUAGGUAGAGAAUAGGGAGACGCAUUCUCUCACUCUGUACGGUUUCAAAUGAAUCACCCUAAAUUAUUCUCACAUGCUUUUCUCCUCUCACAUAUUCCCCCUGCCAAUGGUUGUGCUUGUUUGUAAAGAUCAUAUUGGGAAUAUUCUUUGAUAUUUAUUUUAUCAUUUCACCUCUAUUUUAAGAAUGCAUAGUUGAAGGAGCAGGUUAUUUUCGGGGGACACCAAUUAGAUCCCAGAAACCUAAUGGUUCCUUUUCCUUCCCUAUUCAGUUAUUGUUAUGGAAGUUAAUUAGGAUCGCUUCUUAAUUUAGAACCAAGUCUAAUUGGUUAGAUAUUAUUAAUACUCUUGAUAUCAGGUCUAAUUCCAGUGACCACUUCAUUCUCUUUUUAGAACUUUAUGCCCCCUCCAUUCCUGCCUCCAAGGAGAACGCAAUAAUAAAAAAAAUACAUUAUUUUUUCCUCCCAAAGGAAUAUUAACUUAGGAAGAUAGGAAUUCAACAUUGAUGAACAGUGAGUUUUCUUCCUGGCUCUGUCAUCGAUCCACUGUCAGGCCAUAGCCCCGUCUCUUAAUCUAUUAAAUGGAGGUAAUGAUACAUGUUCUCAAGGGUGUUUUGCAAAUAAGUGUAUAGUUAUCCCUUUGAGAGCCUCUCUGGAAAACUCUUCGGUGCAGUAUUGUUAUAUAAGAAUACAAGUUUUUCAUUCUCUUCUUUGCUCAGCAGCAGAUAAUGAAAUUUAAAACUGCUGAGAUUAUACUAAUUGGGCUAGAAUACUAAGGGGGAAAAAGCGUUUUGGAUAGAGUUUGGCAUCUUUGACCAAGGAGGAAAUUUAGUUUUCAUUAGAAAGAAAGGAACUGGUUCUUACCGUGGGUGUUCCAGACGACUCCCAGGCCAAGAGAAGGAUAAGAAGGGAGGAGACAGUACGGGACAUUCCUUUCAGGGGUUGGGUGAUCCCUGUCUGUCUGUUACCUACAGGUGGAGCACAGGCAACUAGUGUCUGGCUAAUCUCCCUGUAAUGGUUGGAAGAGUUCCCUUUAACUUGGAUUUAAAAACCAACAGUCCUUCUACCUUCUUCUUUGCCACUCUCCUUCAUCAUAUAUUUCCAUAAACUUGAAAUCGUUUUAGCAAUUAGCCUUUUAAGGGUGGGGCAGGGAAAGCUAAAACUUUGGAAUAUUGUUAUGCUGCUUUUUAAGUUUAUCCCUGUCAUUGUGGAUGCAACUUGAGGGAUUCUAAUUGUUGUUCAGGGGAUUUUUUUUUUUUUUUUUUAAAGCAAGGGAUCUUUCCUUGAGAGCUCUGAAAAUAAGCCUUGGAGGAACACUACUGAGUGUAUUUAAGCUCCCUGGUUUUCUCAUCGAAGAACCGUCUUUGAGGGUGGGGGCUGGGCCUUUCUCAGGGGCCGCACCUGGCUCUGCCUCGUCCGCAGUAGGUGCUCAGUACGUUCAUGAAUAGAAUGGACUUUUUUCUCAUCACUGUCAAGAGUAGCAUUGACUGUUGUAGCACACCCAGCCACAUGAUGCUUUAACUGUGUAACUUCAGGAGUUGAGGGCUCAGGGUUCAGGUUAAAGAGGCACUGUCAACUUACUAUAAAAGUGUAACUUAGGUUUUUUCCAUUAGCUACUUGAAAAGGACCAGAUAUUUAAAAUAACCAUAGGUAAAUUUAAAAGUUUGAAUUCAAAGCAGAGAAAACUGCUUUUAGAAACUAAAAAUGUAGUUUAAUUCUGUCUAGUUUGAAAACAAAGCAGAUGAUAGCAAAAGCCCUUCUACGAGGUGUUGAAAACUUUCUAAAGUGGUUAUACAUACUGUAUACCUUUGGGGUUACCACAGCUUCAGUCUUUUCAUGCACAGAUAAUAUGAUUUCAGUUUAGAUUUACUACCUUAAAAUGCAGUGUUUAGAAUACAUCUUGAUUGUGCUUUACGUGAAGUAUUUUCUUAAAAGGCUUUGUGUAAAAUUAAAAUGUGUAUAUUUUCCUACAGACCUCCAUCAUGAUUUUCAGAGAUAUAGCCUUAAAAAAUAAUUGGCCCUGAGAAAUUUAUUCAGUAUUUCUCCAGAUGACAUUGAGGUUCUUAUAGUGGAGACCCUUUCUCAGCUGAAUUAUGGGGUUUAAGUUAGAAUUUUCUUACAAUUCAGUUGCAAGUUAGCUAGUGUAAUAGUGCCCAGUUAAUAAAAUGCUGACUUUCCUAAGGCACCACCCAUAUUUAUUUAACAAAAUCAUGGAGAUUUUGAGCUUCAAGGAUACAGUUUAGAUAGUGAUUAAGAGUUCAGACUCUAAAGCCAGUCUAGAAGGCAAGUCACUUAACCUUCCUGGGCCUUAGUUUCCUCAUUGGAAAACAGGGAUAAUAAUAGUAACUACCUCAGGGUUGUUGUAAGAAUUAAAUGAGAUAAUGUGUGUAGGAUAGUUAGCUUGAGUGCCUGGCAUGUAAUGAGUACUCCAUAAAUGUUAACUACUACUACUGUUAUUAUUAACGCUUAUUCCAGUGAGUCUUAGCCAAGGAUGUGCAACAAAAUUUCCUGGGGUUUAAAAAAAGAAAAACAAAAAACCUGAUGCGUUGGCUUCACCCCAGAUCAAGAAUUCACUGUGGGGUUGGGUCUCAGCCAGUGUGUUUUCCAAGAAUCUCUCCAGGUGUUUCAGACACCCAACACUGUGUGAACACUAGCAAUACCCCAACUCUUUUUUUUUUUUUUUUUUUUUUACAGCUUAAGAAAUUGGAAGAGAGGAUGGUUAAGUUACUUGCCCAUACUCUCAGAGCAGUUAAUUAGUGGCAGAGCCAAGGCUAGAGUCGGGUCUUAUUCACUUUCUCAUUGUGGGGUCUUUCCACCAUUCCUGUUGCCUUGUGAGACGCUGCAAAAAAAAGUGGCUCAUUUAGACAAUCAGUCUGCACAGUGCUGCACACUUUCUAAAGCACACGUUCCUGGCACUCCCUGACCUUAAGGGACUUGAAUGUUGAGUAAUGGCAACACUAGCAAAGCAGGCAUUCAGUAGAACUCAGUAAUUUAAAAAAUUAUAUGGGGUCAUUCUUUUGGACAGACCUCAGCGACACAGCAAUCUGCACUUUGUAAUAAAGAAACAACAACUUAAGUUUUAAAAAACCUAGUCCUACAUUCCUUUUUCUUAAAAAAAAAAAAAAAGCAAACUUUAUUGUUCCAUAUCAUUUUGAUAACUGAGGUAAUGUAUAUGAAAGCACUUUGAGAAAAGUAUCAAGUGUAAUAUAACUAUAAAGUUGUAUUAUUAAUGUCUAUUGAGAAGUUAAAACAGUUAAUUAGAUGUUGAUUGACUUACAAGCUUUUGCCUGUGGGGGACCUGAAAAUGCAGAUAUAUGAACAAUCAGCUCUGUAAUUUAUCACAUUUAUAAAUAUGAAACUGCUAAAUGAAUAUGUGCAGGUAUAGUAAGUGUUUUGCUAAAAUUGUAGCUCAGUGCUGAAUAACUUCAGAAAACUAGGGACCAACUUUCUGGUUUAAUUAUGAUCUUUAAAAAAUAGUAACAUGUAUUCACUCUAGAACAAAGAAGCUCUUCUAGGGACCUUGACUCAAGAAGAGUGAGGCCCUCUCAUCCUUGAACGUUUGUCCAGCACAUGCUCAGCCAUUUAGUCCCCCAAAUAUGGUGGGAGCAGACUCGUUACCUGUUCAUGUUGACAGUGUCUUUUUUAACCUAUGUCCUGCAUAGUUUUGUUGGGGUUUUUUUGGCGGGGGGGCAGAGAUGGGAUGGCUGUAGAACCAGUGCACUUUGGGAAUUACUUUUCUGGGAUUUCCUACCAGAUGUAGAUGAGCUUGAUAUUCAUCAUCCCUGUUUUUUUUUUUCCCCCCCUAAGAGGAGUAGCUGAACAUAACUCACCUAUUAAAUAAUUUAAAAAAGAGUAAAUUGCAUUGGUGGCCACACCUGAGUUGUAGCUCUACUGCAUUCUGACCUCUCCCACUCCCUUCCAUUUUUGCUACCGAUGUCAUUGUUACUAUCAGGCUAUGCUCCCACAGGAGUCCAUAUUGAGCUGACAGGGUUGUCUACAUUUUUUUCUUGAUGAUUUUGGGGUUUCAUCAUCUUGCUUACAUGAACUUGUUCUACCUGGAUUUGGGAGCCAUCUCUGGCCAUGCUCCAAGCAUCUGUUAUGACCAGUCAUCUUUAGGUAAGUUUCUCCGGACAUAAGUUUCCUCGUAUGUAUUGGUGGACUUCAGUUAUCUAACUCUCUGUCUUAGCUUCUGUCAAGCUAGUAGCUCACUUCUUUUGUAAAUUCCUGCUUCAGUCUGGGAUAUGUGGGAGCAGGGGAGAAAUAGGGAAAGGCAGCCCUAAGGUUGCCUGUACCUUCACGUGACAACACAGGGAAAUUGCUGUAGGCCUCACUGGUCAGAGAGGAGAGGCCUUGGGCUGGUUCUGAAACUUGUCUCACUCUUAACAGUCAGGAUAGAGUUCCAGUUUUCCAGCUAUCAGACUUUUAAAAAUAUAAUACAAGGCUAGCUUUUUUUGGCAAGCCAACAGUGCCUGGAGUAACAAUUAACUGUUACCUGCUUUGUUGCAGCUCUAUUACAGCCAGAACUUCAUUGCCAUCCUCUGCCCUCCUGUAUUACUUGGCAGGGGCGGGGGGUAGAUUUCAGGGCUGCGGAAUGAGCUGCACCCUGCUCCAGAGCAUCUACCCAAGUGACUGUCUUAGCUCCACCCUGUCUUUUGUGAAGUUUACUGCAAUGUCCCAAAAGAUGAGUUUCUGCUCUGGGGCUGCUGGUUUCCAUGCCACCCACCUGAGGUGUAUAUGUUCUAUUGUAUCUUGAGAUAACAAGUGUGCAUGAUAUUUCCUUCACUUCUGACUCAAUAUCCUAGAUCCAAAGGACAGGAAAUUAGGGAAGAUUCCACCCUGUGAUAAUCAGGGUAAGAAGAUCCAAUGUUUCUCUCCGGGUGAGAAGGCCUGGGCAGGUCAUCUUGAUUCUGGGCUGACUUGGAGUGGUAGAGAUCAUUCCUAGAGGAUUGUGCCUUCACAGGUGGGUUUCAUGUGUUUUGCAGAGGAAAAGGUUGUCAGCUAGGUUGAUGUUGCACAAUUAUCAAACUAAAACUGGUGGAAAUGAACUUUUUGAUAGCAGUGGCUCAAAGCCCCCAUCAGUGAGAUGUUCUCUCCACACGGGGGGCUGAUUUGGUAGAUUGCUGCACUUUUCUCCAUCCCCUUGGUGAGCUGGGGGGAGGACGCUCUAACUGGACCCUUCCUACCCUCCAAGUGCACUAUGUACAAUUAUGAAUUUGAAAUUGUUUACCUCUCCUAGAAAAAUUAUAUCCUUUACCCUCUCCAUUGCUCUGUGACCUGAACACAGUAGCAAGGCCCUGUUACCUCAGCCUGAGGUCACAGAUGGCGUGUGAGCAGAUCUUCAAACCUGCAGACCAUCUAAGGGAAGGGAUGUCUCCUUGUAAGCUGAAAGGCCAGGCCCCACACACGUACACACCGACUAUGUCUGUUCUUUGAGAUUCUUUCUUGAUCGUUGUACUCGAAGCAGCAAGUUUCUGGAUGCUGCAUGUCAUUCCAAGCUGCUGAGCUAUACACACAGGGCUUGAGGUCUUGGAUCAUUCUAGUUAACUCUUUAAAACACGGUGAAGUUGGACUGUCAAAUGCUAGCAGGCUUUAAGAAAGGAAAUAUGGUUGGAGCUUGCUUAGAUUUGCUUCUGAGCCUCAGGAUAGGAGUUUUAAAUCAUGUAAUUAAGCACCAUAAACUUUAGUUGCAGAAUGGGACUUCUGGUUAGUAAAAUUUUCACAUAUAAAGGCAAUUAGUCUUCAGCAAUUCUAACACAACAAUAACACAGAUAAUGCCAAAUAAAUUUAUUCUUGAUUCGGAAGAUACUGCAGGAUCCUGCAAUGCUUUAGGGUCAUUGGUGGAGAAUCCAUAUUCUGUUCUGUACAAUUCUGAAGUACUGUACCAUGUGUUGUAAGUGGCAAGAAUGCCAAGAGGCAGGUGUUUCCGGUAGAUGAGGGCCAGAUAACCAGCCUUCCUCCAUUUUGACAAACCAGUUUUCACUAUGGCCACUCUUGGGACUUCAUCAUGAGGGAAAUUUGCUGAGGUCUUGAGAAAUCACCCUGAUUAGGCUGAUUGUCCUUCAGAGAAAUGAGUAUUCAGCAGCUAGAAGGAACAGUGAGGUACUCAUCUUACAGUUCUUUAGGGCGUAUGCUUGAAAACCCUCAUGUCUCAGAUCUGUGUAGAGGGUACAUGCGGUUGAUUCCACAUUACGUACAUACACUGUUGUCAUGCUCACUAAGAAAGAGGGGAGCGAGAGAGGAGUUAAUCAGAUCCUUCCCUGUGGUGAAUGGAAGCUGUGCCCUGGUUAGUGUGUUUGCCAUGAACAGGCCGACUGAGCUGUUAAUGCGUGCUCAGAACCCCGUCUCCUGGGUAGACCCCACGCUUUUCCUUCUUUGCAGUCUGAUUCUGUCAUGACUAUCAGUGGAGAAACCCCCGUUUUGUGCUUGCUUGGCAAAAAUAAGUUUGAACAUUUCAAGGUGGUUGAUGGAAGUUUGUCCUUAAAACAUAUGACUCAGAUUCUUUAAAACUUGUUUAAUAUUUAUACCAAAGGUCGCGCUCUGCAGGUGUAUGUGUGGUGGGUGCACAGAGGGGGAAGUCUGGAGGGCCUAGCCCUGUGUGCAUUGCUAAGGGGACACAGUGAGACAAUAUGGGAUUUAACUGAAAACACAUCAGUCAUGGGUCAACUACCAGUGUUGUCAGGUAUUUGUUCUUAAUUGUUAUUGUAAUAUAUUUUCAGGUGUUUUGUUUUUCUAAUUUAAUACUUUCACCCUGUUGUCUGACUGUGAACUGCUAACAGUGUUAAACUUGAUGUAAAUAAUGAGGCCCUUGAAAGGGGAAUGCUGUCUGCCUGUUGUCUCACAAGGCUUGCCAACUUGUGUUUUAUUUUAAAUAAAGGUUGCAAUAUUUUAUUGGCAA